AUGAGCGAUUCAACACCAAACCAAGCCUCGGUCGGCGGCAAAGCAGGACCUAUUCAAGGCGGUGGCAACACUACCGAGAAUUCUGUGCUUUCCGGGCCGAAUUUUGACAAUCUGUACCUGCAAAAACGGUCCACAGACCCAGAGUCGGUCGCCAAACGGGAGAGCCUUUCAGAACAGCAGCCUAAAAAGGGCGUAAUUGGGGGCAUGAUUGAAAAAUUGGUCUCUGGCCCGGCAGGACCGAAUACCUCCCAGAAUCAAUAG